AAGUAAAUUUUUGGCGCUAAUCUUUCCCCCCAACUCUCGAUUUCGCUGAGCUCAAAAACACCCUUUCACUCUCAUCUUCUCCCAAUCUACACUCGAAAAAUGCAGCGCCAGAAAUCGAUUCUGUCUUUCUUCCAGAAACCGUCGCCGGCGACUCAGGGUCCAGUUUCUGGCGAUCCUACUCGCGGCGGAGGAGGUUUACGAUCUACCGCGAAGGUUAACAGCGACGCUUCGGUACGCUCUGUGGAGCGAAAUGUGCCGAAACCUGUGGAAGAUGAUGACGUUAGAGGAGUGGAUACUCCGCCGGAGAAAGUUCCUCGUCGCGUCUUGCCGUCUAACUUCAAGGCGGCGGCUGAAUCCGCCGGUGGUGGUGGUGGUGCUUCGUCUCUCUUCUCCAGUAUCAUGCAUAAGUUUGUGAAAGUCGAUGUUCCUCCUGAACGUUCUGGAGAGAGGAACGUUGCUGCUCCGCUUCGUGAUUCAUCUGUAUCUGUGAUGCCUGAGAGUGUUUUUCCUGAACGUCGUUUGAAUAAUGCUCAACCUCAAGAUAGAGACCGUAUUUCUAGCUUCACUGGGAGAGAUAAUCUAAGAUCAGUAGAAGAUGAGGAUGUUCUUGGCCCAGAUACACCAGGGACGCGUCCAAGUGUUCCUCGUUUGAAGCGAGUUCUGGAGGAUGGGAUGGGUUUUACUGAGAAUAAGGUCUCUCUAUUUGAUUCUAACAAAAGGAUGAAACUGUUUGAGGAUCGAAUCUGUGGAGAGAAAAAACAAGUAAACGAAGGGACCAAGUUCGAAUGGCUUGAGCCUUCUCGGAUCAGGGAUGCUAAUAGAAGGCGGCCUGAUGAUCCCCUUUACGAUAGGAAGACCCUCUACAUACCAACUGACGUUUUCAAAAAAAUGUCUGCGUCGCAGAAGCAGUAUUGGAGUGUCAAGAGUGAGUAUAUGGAUGUUGUGCUUUUCUUUAAAGUGGGGAAAUUUUAUGAGCUGUAUGAGGUAGAUGCAGAAUUAGGUCACAAGGAGCUUGACUGGAAGAUGACCAUGAGCGGUGUGGGAAAAUGCAGACAGGUUGGUAUCUCUGAAAGUGGGAUAGAUGAUGCAGUGCAAAAGCUAUUAGCUCGUGGAUAUAAAGUUGGAAGAAUCGAGCAGUUAGAAACAUCUGACCAGACAAAAGCCAGAGGUUCAAAUACUAUAAUACCGAGGAAGCUAGUUCAAGUGUUAACCCCAUCAACAGCAAGCGAGGGUAACCUAGGGCUUGAUCCCGUCCAUCUACUUGCUAUAAAAGAGGUCAAAAUGGAGCUAGAAAAGUGUUCAACUGUAUAUGGAUUUGCUUUCGUUGACUGUGCUGCCUUGAGAUUUUGGGUUGGGUCCAUCAGUGAUGAUGCUUCAUGCGCUGCUCUUGGAGCUUUAUUGAUGCAGGUUUCUCCAAAAGAAGUGAUAUAUGACAGUAAAGGGCUAUCAAGAGAGACCCAACAGGCUCUAAGGAAAUAUACAUUGACAGGGUCUACGGCGGUACAAUUGAAUCCACUACCACAACAAAUGGGGGAUGCAGAUGCUUGUGGAGUGAGAAAUAUGAUAGAAUCCAGUGGAUACUUCAGAGGUUCUUCUGAAUCGUGGAAAUCUGCUGUUGAUGGUCUAACUGAAUCUGGAAUUGCUCUUAGUGCUCUUGGAGAGCUAGUCAAUCAUCUUUCUAGGCUAAAGCUAGAAGAUGUACUUAAGAAUGGGGAUAUUCAUCCCUACAAAGUUUACAGCGGUUGUCUAAGAAUUGAUGGCCAGACGAUGGUAAAUCUGGAGAUAUUCAACAAUAGCUGUGAUGGUGGUCAUUCAGGGACCUUGUACAAAUUUCUUGAUAACUGUGUUAGUCCGACUGGUAAGCGGCUGUUAAGAAAUUGGAUCUGCCAUCCCCUCAAAGAUAUAGAAAGUAUCAAUAAAAGACUCGAUGUGGUCGAAGAAUUCACGGCAAACUCAGAAAUUAUGCAAAUCACUGGCCAGUAUCUCCAUAAACUUCCAGACUUAGAAAGGCUGCUCGGACGCAUUAAGUCUACCGUUCAGUCAUCAGCCUAUCUUUUGCCUGCUCUCCUUGGGAAAAAAGUGCUGAAACAACGAGUUAAAUCAUUUGGGCAACUUGUGAAAGGGUUCAGAAGUGGAAUUGAUCUUUUGUUGGCUGUACAGAAGGAACCGAAUAUGAUUAGACUGCUUUGUAAGCUCUGUAAACUUCCUAUAUUAGUGGGAAAAAGCGGGCUUGAGUUAUUCCUUUCUCAAUUCGAAGCAGCCAUAGAUAGUGACUUUCCAGAUUAUCAGAACCAUGAUGUGACAGAGGAUAAUGCGGAAACUCUCACAAUACUCAUUGAUCUAUUUAUAGAAAAAGCCAAAGAGUGGUCUGAGGUCAUUCACACCAUUAGCUGCCUCGAUGUCCUGAGAUCCUUUGCAAUCUCUGCAAGUCUCUCUGCUGGAAGCAUGGCCAGGCCUGUUAUAUUCCCUGAAUCGAAAAGUACAAUUCAGAAUCAGGAAACAAAUGGGCCAAUACUUAAAAUCCAAGGGCUGUGGCAUCCAUUUGCAGUUGCAGCUGAUGGUCAACUUCCUGUUCCAAAUGAUCUACUCCUUGGCGAGGCUAGAAGCAGCAGUGUUCAUCCUCGGUCGUUGUUACUAACAGGACCAAACAUGGGUGGAAAAUCAACUCUUCUUCGUGCAACAUGUCUUGCUGUUAUCUUUGCUCAGCUUGGUUGUUACGUGCCUUGUGAGACAUGUGAACUCUCUCUCGUAGAUACUAUCUUCACAAGGCUUGGCGCAUCUGAUAGAAUCAUGACAGGAGAGAGCACCUUCUUGGUAGAAUGCACUGAGGCGGCGUCAGUUCUUCAAAACGCAACUCAGGAUUCACUAGUAAUCCUUGACGAACUGGGCAGAGGAACUAGUACUUUCGAUGGCUACGCCAUUGCAUAUUCUGUUUUCCGUCACAUGGUAGAGAGAGUCAAGUGCAGGAUGCUUGCAACGCAUUACCAUCCUCUCACCAAGGAGUUCUCGGCCCACCCGCGGGUCACCUUGAAACACAUGGCUUGCGCAUUCAAAUCAAGAUCCGACCAAGAACCAGGUGGCUGCGAAGACUUAGUUUUCUUGUACCGGCUAGCUGGGGGAGCUUGUCCUGAGAGCUAUGGGCUUCAAGUAGCACUCAUGGCGGGAAUACCAAAGCAAGUGGUUGAGACAGCAUCGGUGGCGGCUCAAGCCAUGAAGAGAUCGAUUGGAGAAAACUUCAAGUCAAGUGAGCUAAGGUCUGAGUUCUCAAGUCUGCACGAAGAAUGGCUCAAGACAUUGGUGGGUAUCUCUCAAGUCGUCGACAACGACAAGGCCAUGUUUGAGGAGGAGGAUGUCUCUGACAUGUUAAUUUGCUUAUGGCAUGAGAUCAGAUCUUCUUGCUCUGUUGCCAAGUAAAGGCGAUGAGAUAAUUCUCUCUUUUUUUUGUUGCUUCUCUGAUGCUUAGCCUUCUGGAAAAUGGUUAUAUCAAAUUUAUUUCCUCGGUCCGGUUUUUCUGUGAGCAAACCAGACAGGACCGAACUGAUGGAAGUACAUUUAAUACUAUGGUGUACAAAUUUCAGAAAAUUAAGGUCAUUGAGAACUGAAAAA